AUGCGAUGGAUACUGAUCUUUAUCGACGAGCAUACCUUCGAGUUCGAGGGUAUGUAUACCAUGGUGCAUAUGGACAAGAAGUGGUUCGACGCUGACGUCGACGAGCGACCCUAUUUGCUCCUUCCCGAUGAAGAGCCACCCGCAAGACACCGCCAAAGCAAGCGGUUCGUGCCCAAGACAAUGUUCUUGGCAGCUGUCGCACGCCCCCCGACUACCGGUGCUAACAAGCGAUCACUACGUACGAUUGAUGCUAAAGUCAUCACAAAGGUGGUCAAGGUUCCCAAAACCAUUACGAUUGAUGAGCUGUUUAACAUCCAGAAGCUCGACGAGGCCCUCGACCCGAAGCGCGCGGACGAUAUUCUCGCCAAGAAACCUCUUGGCGGUUGGCUUGACAAGAACACGCUCGAUGAAGCCCUCAAAGGAAAUUUCAUGCAAAAGAAGACAAUGUUCGAAAAAUGGCACAAGGACAAAAGAACCUCAAGAUUGGUUACCCGACUGAUCCAGUCUGACCCAGCCAUUGAGAAGAAGUACAGGGUUGUUUACAAGCUGUAUGCUGAAUAUCUCAAGAUGAUCUACCGCAAAGAGAACAUGGCGAAGCGACUUGCUGCCAACAACUGA